AUGUUCGAAAGAAUACCAAUAGCAAGCUGGCCAGUCGUGGCAGGCUUGGCUCUCGUUGUCCUUCUGGCAUACCGUUUUUGGGCCAGCGGCCCCAGAGCACCCGGCCCGUUCCUCGCGAGAUUCACGGACCUGUGGUUGGCGUCCAGGCAGAUCAAAGGGGAUUUUCAGAUUGAGAACGUCGAGCUUCACAAGAAAUAUGGAAAAAUUGUGCGCCUUGGUCCAAAUUACUACAGCUUCGACGACCCUUCGGCCGUGAAGACCAUCUACGGCCACGGCACCCAAUAUCAGAAGUCGGAGUGGUAUGAGAUUUGGAACACACGACCCGACAUGCACAGUACAAACCUCUUCGCGUUAAGAGAUAUCAAGCGCCACUCCACCAUGCGCCGACACUAUUCGAAUGUGUACGCCAUGUCGAGUCUGGUCAGCUACGAGCCGUACGUGAAUAACUGCAUCGACAUAUUCACCAGCAGACUGCGAAUGUGCACGAAGUCGGGGGAGUCAAUCGACCUUUCAAAAUGGUUCCAGUACUACGCUUUUGAUGUCAUUGGCGAGAUUACGUAUUCCAAGCGCUUUGGCUUCUUGGAGAAAGGCAUAGAUAUGUUUGGAAUGAUCAAGACAAUAAGUGGCGUUCUGGAGUGGAGUCACGCAGCCGGCUUCUUCAGACCCCUCGUCGCGCUGACGAGGUUCCUGGCGCGGCGAGACACCACGGAGGGCGUCGGGAAGCUCGCAGCCUUCACCAUGGAGCGCAUCGAGCAGUCCAAGAAGGACAGCCUCAACGGCUACGACGACCCGGAGCGCCAGGCCGCGACGCAGCCCGACUUCGCCUCCAAGCUCCUCGCCCAGGCCGAGGCGGCCCAGCGCGGCGACAAGGGCCUGGACGGGGGCAUCGAGCCGAUCCAGCUGGUCAUGGGCGCGUGCUCCGGCAACGUCUUCGCCGGCAGCGACACCACCUCCAUCUCGCUCAACGCGACCUACUACAACAUCAUCAAGCACCCCAGGGUGCAGGCCAGGCUGCGGGCCGAGCUGGACGGGGCCCACGCCCGCGGCGCCCUGAGCGAGCCCCCCAGCUUCGCCGAGACCCAGGCCCUGCCGUACCUGCAGGCCGUGCUGAAGGAGGCGCUGCGGGUGCACCCGGCCGUCGGCCUCUGCCUGUGGAGGGCCGUCCCCGCCGGCGGGGCGACGCUGUGCGGGCGGUACUUCCCCGCGGGGACCAACGUCGGGGUCAACUGCUGGGUGGCCCACCGCAACAGGGAGGUCUGGGGCGAGGACGCCGACGAGUUCCGCCCCGAGAGGUGGCUCGAGGCGCCCGAGGAGAGGCUCAGGGCCAUGAACGCCAUGUACAUGCCCUUUGGCCUCGGGAGCCGCACCUGCAUUGGCAAGAACAUCAGCCUGCUGGAGAUCUCCAAGGUGAUCCCGCACCUGGUGAGGAAGUUUGACGCCAGCUUGGUUGAGCCCCUGAGCAAGAUGCCGGGGCUACCUUCAUAUACUGCUUGGUUCGUGGGCAUCAAGGACUUUAGAGUGAAUGUCAAGCCUAGACUUGAGUGA